AUGCGCCUUCGUCCUCUUGUUCUCCUGAGCACUGCUGUACCACUGACGUGCGCCUCGAAUUCGGCUGACCUGAACAAGGCCAACUCCAGGAACCUUACGAGUAGUGCUGACUUUAACAAGACCAAAGUCAAUGCCAUUAGUAGCAAAGCCGACCUCAGCAAGACCGAAAUUGAUGUCCUUACCAGUAGCGCUGACCCUAACGAAAGGCAAAACAACACUUCGUCCAGCAAUGCCGACUUUAACAAGAUGAAGGUCAAUGCCUCGACAAGUGUACGCUCCGGUGUCCGUGACAUCAACAGCGUCCUGGUCAAUGGUGUCGCGCGUGUACGUAAUACUACGAAUGGGGAGGAGAGGGCGCUGCCUCACGUGGCCUCAUUAGUGUCUGGGAGAAUAGCCGACAUGGACCAAUCAACUCUUAAAAAAGCCAUGGAACUGAUACAUGUCGACCACUACGAGCACAAGCUUACGGAACAAGGCUGGGAACGAUUGCAAGGUCUUGAUCAUUAUUUCUUAGAGCCAUUUGCCGUGGAGCUAAAGGCUGAGAGCUCGAAGAUUGUGAUUUCACCACCUACAAGUGAGGUAGCUGGACAUGAAUUGAUAAUUGAUCAGGCGCGAGCCUCUAAGGUCGGUAAAAAGCAUCUUAUGCGAGCGAUCUUCACUGAGCACAACAGCCCAAUGAACGAGAUUCACAUAGUGAAGACACAGGAGACAGCACAGAAGUGGUUAGAUGUUGCCGAACUGGAACGUAUCAUUGAGGGGCACGAUUGGUGGAAGAGGUUCAAAAAAAGCGAUUUUCUCAUUUCGUUGAUGGAGAACUCUGGCGGCGCGGCCAAAUUUGCACCAAUUGUGUCGAUCGCAAAGAAGAGUCAAAUCGCCGGUCAGUGGGCCAACGAAUUGCAGACAGCGAUGCUAGAGAUCUGGCUGAACAACAACAAGUCCAUUGACGACGUUUACGAUCUUCUCGGACUUUCUGAGAAACUGAUGAAUGAAGGGUACACCUACGAGAACGUGGAUACCCUGGACCGAUAUAUUGCAAUGUAUAACAAGAGAUAUGGAGCCACUGAGGAUCUGGACAAUUUCUUAAGAAAGAAACUCGGCGACGAAAACUUUGCACUGGUGCUACAAAAGGGGGUCCUGACGUCCCAACACGCGGCAGCACAUUUACGAAGCUUUGUUAAGCAAUGGAUCGGCCGAGGAAAGACAGCCGCGGAUCUCGUGUGCAAAUUUCUGUCGAUGGCAGAUGACAGUGUCGUUUUGCUGGAUCCGUUGGCGAUAGCGUUUGGCGGCGACGCCAGACUCGCUCCUCUCUUAUCGAUCGCAAAAAAGCGUGCUGGAAGCCAGGCAAACGCAAAAAUUAUGCAGAAAGCGAUGUUGAUGGGAUGGCUGAACGCUAAAAAACCCGUCGAUGAAGUUUUUCACUCUCUUGGAAUGUUCCAGACGAGGGAAUUCAAAUACGAAAACAUGGAUACUCUGGAACAAUACGUUGCUUUAUUGAACAAAGAGAAUAAUGCCGAUAUCGAUAUGUUUACGUAUCUGAGAACAAAAUUCGGUGACGGUAAUCUCGCGAUGAUGAUACUGAAGCAAACAAAGCUGCUUCCUGGCGUCACUAAGCCUUUCGUUAAGAAAAGGAUAGGCGAAGGAAAAUCGUCAGUGGACGUUUUGAAAUACAUCCUGGCGAUGACGUACGACGUGGACAACCUGGUGGAUCCAUUGUUGAUAGCCUUUGGUGGCGCUGCUAAACUUGCGCCAGUUUUGUUGUCCGCAAGGAUGAGUCCUGCCAUUAGGUUAAAAGCAGAGCAGUUGCAAGAAGCGAUGCUGGCGAGGUGGCUUAACCGAGGGAUACAGUCCAACCUGAGCUCGAUGGGCUAUACGUACGAAAAUAUGGAUGCUCUGAAUCAGUAUUAUUCAGCGUUGGAUUCCUCUGGAAGAUUGAAACUGUUUACGCAUCUGCAAAGUCGAGUCGGCGACGGGGAACUCAUACUGAUGGUACUAAAAUGUCAGAAGUUGUUCGCAUUUGCCAAAGAUGUUGAGGCAGCUCUCGUCGUACGUUGGAAGAACGAGACACCAGAUAUUUUGCCUGCCGGACUCAUCACCGAGGAUAUGGAUGGGCAUGAGAUGGAUGCGGUAUAUGAGUAUUACAAGAGUGUAAUGGCCAAUAACCCGCUGCAUUAG